GUCUGAAAGAUGACGGGGGAGCUGGCAGCACAUGUUCUGGGCCAUCUCUCAUGGCUUUGUCUUAUCAUCAUAAUGAGCUGUUGGUAUUGCAUAUUUCUCCAAAUUAUCUGUCCACAAUUAUUAGAGAGAUGUUCUUACAAGUUGGAGUGACGAUGAAGCAGUCAAAUAAUCUUAAUUAUUUGGAGAGAGACAAUUGAAUAGUGUAGGUCCAGCUGCUCAGGGUUUAAAUUGGAAGGAAUGUGGGAGGGUUUUGCAGCUCAGAGCUCUCUGUGAGUUUUUAAUUCCCAAAUUCAUUAUUGUCGUUGUGGAGGCGUCUUCGCAAACGCCUUCUGUAAACGAUCCUCGUCCUCAUUCUUAUUCUCAUUCCCAUUCUCAUUCUCAUUCUCAUUCUCUUUCUCUGCAAAAAUGAGGGAAUGCAUCUCAGUCCACAUUGGGCAAGCGGGUAUUCAGGUGGGCAACGCCUGUUGGGAGCUCUAUUGCCUCGAGCAUGGCAUCCAUGCUGAUGGUCAGAUGCCGGGCGAUAAGACUGUGGGAGGCGGCGACGACGCUUUCAACACUUUUUUCAGUGAGACCGGAGCUGGAAAGCAUGUCCCGCGGGCAAUUUUCGUAGAUCUGGAGCCCACUGUCAUCGACGAGGUUAGAACCGGUACCUACCGCCAGCUCUUUCAUCCCGAGCAACUCAUCAGCGGCAAAGAGGACGCAGCUAACAACUUUGCCCGUGGUCAUUACACCAUUGGGAAAGAAAUAGUGGACCUGUGCCUGGACCGCAUCAGGAAGCUGGCGGACAACUGCACAGGGUUGCAGGGGUUUCUGGUGUUCAAUGCAGUCGGGGGAGGCACUGGUUCUGGCCUCGGAUCUCUUCUGUUGGAGCGCCUCUCUGUGGAUUAUGGAAAGAAAUCCAAGCUGGGGUUCAGCGUAUAUCCAUCCCCUCAAAUUUCUACAUCUGUGGUGGAACCCUACAAUAGUGUGCUUUCCUCGCACUCGCUGUUGGAGCACACAGAUGUUGCAGUGCUGCUCGAUAAUGAGGCCAUCUAUGACAUUUGCCGCCGCUCCCUCGACAUUGACCGCCCUACCUACACCAAUCUCAACAGGCUUGUUUCUCAGGUGAUAUCAUCCCUGACUGCAUCUCUCCGAUUCGAGGGGGCACUGAACGUGGACGUGACAGAAUUCCAGACGAACCUGGUGCCAUACCCACGUAUCCACUUCAUGUUAUCAUCCUACGCACCAGUUAUCUCAGCCGAGAAAGCCUACCAUGAGCAGUUAUCUGUAGCAGAGAUCACAAACACGGCCUUCGAGCCAUCCUCCAUGAUGGCCAAGUGCGACCCACGUCAUGGAAAAUACAUGGCGUGCUGUCUCAUGUACAGGGGCGAUGUCGUCCCCAAAGAUGUGAACGCCGCAGUGGCCACCAUUAAGACCAAACGGACCAUCCAGUUUGUGGACUGGUGCCCCACUGGCUUCAAGUGCGGAAUCAACUAUCAGCCCCCCACAGUUGUUCCAGGAGGGGACCUCGCUAGAGUUCAGAGGGCUGUCUGUAUGAUCUCCAAUUCUACCAGUGUUGCAGAGGUCUUUUCCAGAAUUGAUCACAAGUUCGAUCUCAUGUAUGCUAAGAGAGCUUUUGUGCACUGGUAUGUGGGCGAGGGUAUGGAGGAGGGUGAGUUCUCUGAGGCUCGUGAGGAUCUUGCUGCUCUCGAAAAGGAUUAUGAGGAAGUUGGGGCUGAAUCUGCUGAUGUUGACGAUGAAGAUGAUGCAUGAAGGAAUGAAUGAAUGAGUUUUAAUGACGUUCAUAAGUCUGUGAGACUAUGAUUGUUGUUGAAUGGUCUUUCUUGUCUGUUUCUGGUUUGGUCUAUCAUAACUUCCUGAUCUCUUUAUAUGAGAUUAGCUUAUAUUGGAUAGCAGCAGUAGGGUGAAGGGGGUAUGUGUGUGUUUUUAUUGUUAUAUGUAAUGGUUGGGAGAAAAUAAAAUGAAAAAAAAUAUGGCAAAAUAAAUAAAUGAAUGAUAUAUAAUUUCUAUUUUA